GGAACUUACAGCUACGGGCGGUGGGCGGAAAAGGAGGAGGGAUUUGGUCAGUCGUUCGGUCGGCUAGAGAGGAGCGCAGAAGGUUGGUCGACUGUCUGUCUUGUCUAUCUGUCAGGCGAAAAGCGAAGAUGCAGAGCUGGCGGCGUCGGGUUCGUUGUUGCGCGGAGGAGGAAGAGGAAGAAGAGCGAAGUGUCGAUGUUUGUUGUGUUGGAGGAUCUUGAAGUUGUGGGAAUUACCCGAUUGGGCUUCGUUCAGGUUUUGGCCGCCGCAAGGAAGAUUUUUUUCCUUUUCUCCCAGACUUCAGCCUGCAAGCAACAACGACAGCGACGAUGGCAACGGGGAGACAGCGGCGAGAGCUCGAGGACGGUCACGAGAAGAAGCUCGAUGCUCGCUAACUACUAGCAAGGAUCAACUGGGAUGGUGUUUCGUUUGACAGAGCCUCGAGCCGUGGGUGAGACGCCCACACGAAACAGCAGCGGCUCAGCCACUCGACAGGCGACCAACUUCAGCCAGCGCAGCGGCGACGAGAUGCUGUCGUUUACGGCGCCACCAGGGCGAUCGUCAUAGCCUCUUUGGCUGAGCCUGAUACGCCAGGCUGGGGAGCUGAAAAUACGUUGAUCUACCAGGUUGGGCUAAGGCUUGUCGUCGCUACGCAAGGCCAGGCCAGGCAGGCUAGUUAUUUAUAUAAUAUUGCACUCACAGUGUAUUUAUAUCUCGGCGAGCUGCUUCCGUGAGAGCGUGGACGAGACCGGAGGACCCUUUUUCGUUGUCUGAACCAGCCUGCGCUCACCGUACGACCUGUGCUGCGGCCAGCGGCUCGUCGUGAUCCCGAUUUUCGUCGUCUGCCCAAGGGGCGGACUCACAGGGCGUAACUACGGAGAAAGCCAUUCUAGUUAUUUCUGGACGACAGCGCCUAUUUAUCCAAAUAGCUGGCCCGCCCGAGUAUACCAAACUCUGGACGGCUCAUGAUGGACGAUGCUGAGCUAGAUCUCAUGAAUACCGAGCAAGAUGACCCUCUUCUGCAGACGGACGAGGAGGAGGCCGUCGAGUCCAUGUCGAAUUCCGGGGAACCCGUCAUCGUGAGGAGGAAGAUAAACCAGACUAAAUUCAUCAUAAUAUGCAUUGCUGUGCUGUUCGUGCUUGAUUUUGCGGCAUUCUUCGAUCUCAUACCGCAGACCCGCAUCUUUGAACUGAUUGUCUGCCGGAAUUAUUUUGAUAAACACCAUCCAGACCGGUUCCCAUAUCCUCAGGACAUACCAGAGUCGGAAUGCAAGACAAACACCGUACAGAGCCAGGUAGCUUAUAUACAAGCUAUAGGCGCUAGCUUUGACGCGCUUCCAAGUACGAAUCCUUUCAUCUCUUCGUCCUGAGCGCCAAUAAUUUUUUCAUCAUACAACAGCUAAUUUGUAGCUUUCAUGCAGGCAUCAUCCUACUUCUUCCUUAUGGCCAAUUGGCCGACAACCCUAGGUAUGGCCGCAGGUUUGUCUUGCGGCUGAGUAUGGCUGGUAUUCUAUUAGGCGCAUACUGGGCUUUGUUCGUGUGCUCGUUCUACCGAUAUGUACCCCUUCAAGCAAUAUGGAUCGGGGGUUUCUUCGCCUUGAUCGGUGGAGGGCCUGGUGUAACGAAUGCAAUGGUCAUGACAAUGAUAUCUGAUGUCAUUGAUGAAGCAAAUCGGUCAACCGUCUAUUUCCAAACCUCUCUAGCUGCAGUGGUGGCUCAACUCCUUGCACCUGCUAUAGGGUCUGCCAUGAUGAUGAAGCUAGGCCCAUGGGUACCUUAUUUCUUCGGUACGGCAUUCUUUACCGUCUGCUGCCUCUUGAUUUUACUGGUACCUGAAACUAUUCCUAUACAAGUUUUGAAGCCUGGUGCGGCUCAUCCAGCACCAUCCGGAUUUGAUCACUGUUCUGUUCGAGAGUCACUGGAGGCUCGUCCCCCCAUUUCUCGAUCUUCCCUCGCAUCGAAGAUGAAAACACUUUUUGCAACGGCAUGGAAAGAAACCAAGCUCAUUUUUAGCAACCGUACCGUGCUUCUUAUACUCUCUACUUUCCUUCUCUCAACGCUGGGACGAAAGCAAGUCGAUCUUCUAUUGCUCUACGCCUCUACUCGAUAUGAGAUCACCCUCUCCAAGGCCGGCUUUGUUCAUUCCUUCAUGGCCUGCGUCAGCAUCGUUCUCCUACUGCUCGUCCUCCCGCUUACUUCAAGCUACCUAUCCAAAACCCUCAAGUUGCCCAGCAGCGAGAAGGAUCUGUGGCUUUCAAAAAUAAGUAUCGUGCUUCUCACGAUUGGAAGCUUCGCCAUCGGCUUCUCUCCAACCUUCGUUUCAAUGAUCUGUGCAGUCGCAAUCUACACCCUAGGUUGCGGGUUCAAUGCAGUCUGCCUCAGCUUGAUCUCCGCCUUUGUCGACCCAAAGUACUCGGCAAGGCUAUACUCUGUCAUCUCGCUCAUCAUCAUGAUGGGAACCCUCAUUGGUGGGCCUCUCCUGGCAGGUCUCUUCAACCUGGGGCUGAAUCUCGGGUCGUCUGCAUGGGCCGGAUUGCCCUUCUUCGGCUCCGGGGUCGUCCAUACAUUUGUCCUGCUGUCGGUUUGGCUUAUCCGACUGCCUUCUGUACAACUAGAGUAGCCCCUUUUAUAUGUAUAUACAUAUAUAUUCACACAGCUAUAGAGUAUUUCCCUUUAAAUAUAAUGACGCCGUCUACCAGGCAUCUCUUUUCUCCUACCUGCAGGUGAUCUUGGCUGGCGUCGGAACAACGUCACCGCGAUGCGCCUCG